ACGUUCCGCUAUUUCAGCUGCAACGAAAAAAACAAGUUUAUUAAAAUUCAUAAAUACAUCCACUUCCGGUGUCGCUCCGUGACGUCAUUCUUGCGUGUCGGCGUUGUAGUUCUAUAGAGUGACGUUGAAAACGUUGGUGUUCUCUCAUCUGGACUACAGUACCCAGGGUGCACCGCGGCACGCAGACUGUAAACACACACGAGGAGGGUGAAGGACGAAGUGACGGAUGAUCGUGUUUGUGAGGUACAACCUGGGGCCAGGUGUGGCCGUGGAGCUGCAGGAGGAGGCGAGUGUGGCCGAGCUGAAGGAGGUGGUGGGGAGUCAGCAGGGAGUCCGGCCUGAGCGGCUCAGGGUGCUGUUCGCCGGCAGGGAGCUGCAGAGCACAGCCACGCUACAGGGCUGUGACGUCCCGGAGCAGAGUACCGUCCACGUGGUCCUGCCUCCGUCAGGAUCCUCCUCGUCCCGGAUGCUCGUCUUGCAGGAGCAUUUGUCUCAGGGCCGAGAGCAGAACAGUCUAACGAGGCUGAACCUCAGCUCCUCGCGCCUCCCCUCCACCUCCGCUGGCCUGGCUGUGAUCCUGACAGGGAGCGAGGGGGGAGAGGAUGGCAGGGGAGCAGAGGAGGCAGGAGAGGAGGCGCAGGCUGCAGGUGUGCGUACCUGCAGUACUUUCUUUGUGUACUGUAAGAGCUGCAGCUCGGUUCAGCCGGGAAAACUGCGCGUUCGCUGCAGAACCUGCAAACAGACGACGCUGACACUCAGCAGGGAUCCUUCCUGUUGGGAUGACGUCCUCCUCCCAGGUCGUAUCCAUGGUGUAUGUCAAUCAGACGGUUGUCAGGGCAACGAAGCAGAAUUCUUCAUGAAGUGUGCGUCCCAUCCAACAUCAGAUGACGACCUCUCUGUGGCCCUCGACCUCAUCAUGACCAACACCAGGGGUGUGCCCUGCAUCGCCUGCACCGACGUCAUGGAUGUGGUCCUGGUCUUCCAGUGUUUGGAACGUCAUGUGAUCUGUGUGGACUGUUUCCGUCGGUACUGUCAGUCUCGGCUGAGCGAGCGACAGUUUGUCCAUCACGCUGUGAUUGGAUACUCUCUGCCCUGCGCCGCCGGCUGCGUCGACUCUCUGAUUAAAGAGCCGCAUCAUUUCAGGGUUCUUGGAGAGGAUCAGUAUGGACGGUACCUGCGGUACGGGGCAGAGGAGUGCCUGCAGAUGAUUGGAGGAUUGAUGUGUCCGUCACCUGGCUGUGGGGCGGGGCUUCUCCCACCUGACGGCAGCAGGAGGGUGGAGUGUGACAGACAGGUGGGCUGUGGCUUCGUUUUCUGUAGAGACUGCAGGGAGGGCUAUCAUGAAGGGGCGUGUCAAACACAGCCACACCCACCCACAGGUGAAGCCUCACAGGGUUUUCUGGUGGAGGAGGAGGCAUCUCUCAGAGGGAGGUGGGAUCAAGCGUCUUUCCUCCUCAUUCAGGAGUCGACGAAACGCUGCCCCCAGUGUUCAGUUCCUGUGGAGAGAAACGGCGGCUGCAUGCACAUGCUAUGUCCUCUGUGCAGAGCGGAGUGGUGCUGGCUCUGUGGAGUCUCCUGGAACAGGGAGUGUAUGGGAAACCACUGGUUUGGAUAAACACACACUCAGAACAGACACACACAGACACACAGACACACACACACACACACCGCUGCUUAGAUCUGGAUGGUUGUGCUUUUAUUCUUCUGCACAAAGAAAAUAAACUGACCUCAGAUCAGCUUCUGUUUUCUGUCAGAAAUAUAAGAUCAGAUAUUUCAUGAGUCCUGAAGUGCGAGAGGUUAAUCACAUGAUCAAAGCGUCACUGGUCCCAGUCUGUUUCCUGUUUCCUCGGCUGUCAGUCUGAGUGAUGAAGCCAAAGCUCUGAUGAACUCAAACUGAAAAACACGGAUCGUGUUUGAUUUUCUCACAGUGAAACUGUUCGAUGAAAUAGUAGCGUUUGGAUCGAUGAGCAGCAGCUGAGGCAGUAAACAACAAACAGGAAAUGAUGAACAAAUAAUAAAUAAUGUUCUGGUGAUUCUCUUAUGAGCUGUUCUAACACACCUGUCGCACACCUGGAGUUUAUACAGAUGUUCAUGCUUUAACCCUUUGAGGUGAUGAUGAAGAAUCUUUGAGUCUCUGUAAUAAAUCCUACGACCUCUCUGAUAAAGUUCCUCAUGUGUCUCUGACCAUAGUAAUGCAGGAUGAAGCGUCAAACUUUUCUCUUUAACACGUAAAGGAUGAAAAAAAAAUGUAAAAAUA